AUACGUAAUAAGUGCGGCGGUAUAGCAUAUAUAUAAUAUAGGUGAUAGCCGUAAAGCUUUUUGCGGUUAAAUAUAAAUAUUAAACUGUUAAAACAAUGUGAUUAGCAUUAGUAACAAUUAAAAGAUAAGGAGAUGGAGUUAAAUAAUUUUGUAUACUUCUUCGUAAUAAUUUUUGCUGUCUCUGCUACUAAUAAUUAUUGUAUUAUACCCGAACCGAUACGGAAAGUAUCUACGUAUAAUUUCACGACAUUGACGAACUUGAAAGAUCCAGCACGCGAUAUUAAUUUGCAUUUUAGUCAUGUGGACAGCGGAUCCAUAAGACUACAGCUUUGUCAACAGCUUAAGAAGAAAUGCAAUUCGAAAGAUGGUUACAGUGUCUGCUUCGAAAAAGAUAAGAAAGAGAUUGGAAUAGGAAAGUUCCCAGCGAAAGUCGACAUGAAAGAUGGGAGAAUACUAUUUGUUUUCACAGGCGAUAACUGUAGAGAUAAUACUAAUUACACAGUGAAUAUUAUAAUGAAGUGCGAUUACGAAGUCAUGGGCGAUUCUAAACCAGAAUUCAUUCAUGAGACAUUCGAGAAGUGUACUUUAUUUUUAAUAUGGAGAACCGCAGCGGCUUGUGGGAACAGAACAAUACAAAAUUGCACUUUGACUGAUAAAGCAACCGGAUUACAUUAUGAUUUAUCAUCAUUGACGAAGUAUUCGGAGAAUUACGUGAUCCCACUGGGCGACAGGACCGCGCCGAAAAUAAUACUGAACGUGUGUCAUUCAGUUAUAUUCGAAUACAACGCUUUAUGUCAGAUGACGAAUGGUGCCUGUUUACAAGAUCCUAAUAAAAAUGGAUACGAAAGUCUUGGCGAUGUACAAAAACCACCGUAUUUAGAUAAUAAUUCUAAUAUAAAAUUGGAAUAUGAGGAUGGAGCAAUAUGCAAAACUGAUAAAAAAGUUCCACAUAUAAAAACAACUAUUACUUUUACAUGCGAUUUCAAUGCUGUAGAUACAAUUCCAGAAUAUAUAGGUGGCAGCGAGGAGUGUAAUUAUCAGUUAUUAUGGAGGACAGCUGCUGCUUGCAGUACAGAAUCUUUAAAAAAUCGUACUGCGUCCAUAGCUAACAAGUCCACGGUGAAAUGUGUCACGGAAGACGACGCAGUGAAUCUUGGCUCGCUAAUAAAAUCUACUGACAAUUAUGUAAUUAAAAUGAACAAAACUGAGUUUUACAUAAAUGUGUGUAGACCGUUGGUCUCGAAUCCGCACACAAAUUUGAAGUGUGUAUUCGAUGGGAGCGCCGUAUGUAAAGUAUCUUCAGGUACCAAUGGGAAUGUACCUGUAACGAACGAAACAAGUUUAGGAUUCCCGAAAGAGAGUCCUAUAAUUAACGAUAAUCACGAAACGGUGUUACGUUACACAGACGGUUCAACCUGUCCAGAGAAUGAGAAAAGAUUGAUAUCGUCUAAUAUCACAUUUCCGUGUGAUACCAGUGACAAGCAGUUACCAGAAUUUAAAAAAUAUGAAGACUGUACUUAUGUAUUUGAAUGGAAAACGAGGCUGACUUGUGGCGCAGUAAUGGGAAAUUGGGUUUCGCCUUGCAUAAUUAAAGAUCCGUCGCACGAAUGCGAUUUGUCUUUAUUACAGAAAGUAUAUCAUGUAAAAAGUAAGCAGGGAAAGGGAUACAAUAUAUCGAUUUGCAACAGUAAUAAAGAAUCGACAUCGAAAGGCUGUAACUCCGCUAUUUGUGAUGAUAACAAUAACAAUUAUGGUUCCAUCGGAAGCGUGAUUUUCGAUUACGGGAGAGACGAGAUCAAGAUUCAGUACACUAACGGCGGUAAAUGCGCUGACAAGAGUUCCUACACGUCGGAAGUGAGAUUGAUUUGUACAAAGAUGAUAGGAAUCGGUACCCCGGAGCUGUUAUGGGAAUCAGAGUGCAGUGCUGAAUUCGAAUGGCAUACGAACGUCACUUGUUCCUGUAGCAGUUCUAUCUCUGGAAAUUCCUACCCGAAUUCGCGAGAAAAUAAUGCUACUCCGAUCAUUUCUUCUUCUAGUCACACCGGGACGAUAGCAGGUAUAACAUUAACAAUCGUAGCACUGAUAUCAGCAUUUAUCUAUUUCCGGAAUCCGGAUAAGAGAGCAUGCUUCAAGUCUUGUUACAAUUUAUUUAACUCGAGGAGAGACAACGGGAGAGUUCAAUAUUGCAGGUUAUUUCAGGUGAAUACCACUGAAGAGGCUCGACUUUUACUGGACAUUGAUCCGACUCAAUGCCAAACUGACAGCGAUGAUGAUUUACUAAACGCUUAAUCUAUUAAGAAACUACAAUUAUAAUUAAUGUGAUUAACAUUGUUGGCUGUUUUUCUUUCUUUCUAUAGUUGCCAUUGUCGAUAAGAGUAAUGAUUUAACCGUUUGUAUAUAAAAAGAGUGUAAAGAAAGUGGAAGAGACCGGGUAAUAAGAACAUUAAACGAAUAGUGUUUACAUUAA